ACGACCACUGCACCAAAUCACCAUUAUCUUUUAUCUGAGGCGAGCCUUCGCAUUGGUAAUCGGUUCUGGCAGCCAUGGAUGCAUCUUCUCUGCACAUAGCAAUGUUUCCAUGGUUCGCAAUGGGGCACCUAACUCCAUUUCUGCACCUCUCAAACAAAUUAGCAAAGAGGGGACACAGAAUCUCCUUCUUCAUCCCCAGAAGAACACAAGCCAAGUUAGAGCAAUUCAACCUCUAUCCACAUCUCAUAACCUUUUACCCUAUCAACGUUCCUCACGUUGAUGGCCUUCCCCAUGGCGCAGAAACCACUUCCGAUGUCUCUUUCCCCUUAGUUCCACUCAUUAUGACAGCCAUGGACCGCACAGAGAACGACAUAGAACUUCUCCUCCUUCAUCUAAAGCCACAAAUCGUUUUCUUUGACUUCACAUAUUGGCUUCCAAACAUGACUCGUCGCUUGGGUAUCAAAUCUUUUCAAUAUGGCAUCGUUAGCCCAGCCACCUUAUCUUACACUACAUCCCCAGCAAGGAUGCAACACAGUGGUGACUUAACUCAACUCGAUCUCAUGCAUCCGCCACAUGGCUACCCUACUUCAUCCAUCAAGCUUCAUGCUCAUGAAGCAAAGUUCCUUGCUUCCAUGAGAAACUGGGAGUUUGGUAGUGGUGUUCUCUUUUAUAAUCGCUUGUAUAAUGGUUUAAGACUAUCAGAUGCAAUUGGAUUCAAAGGUUGCAGGGAAAUUGAAGGACCUUAUGUUGAUUACCUUGAGGAGCAGUUUGGGAAGCCUGUUUUACUUUCAGGACCUGUCUUACCUGAGCCACCCAACACUGUUUUAGAUGAAAAAUGGGGUUCAUGGCUUGCAAAGUUCAAGGAAGGUUCAGUUAUUUACUGUGCACUUGGGAGUGAAUGGAAGUUAUCACAUGAUCUGUUCCAAGAAUUGUUGUUGGGUCUUGAACUUACAAACCUGCCUUUUUUGGCUGUUUUGAAAACUCCAAUAGGGUUUGAAACAAUUGAAGCUGCUCUCCCUGAAGGGUUCAAAGAGAGAGUUGAAGGGAGAGGAAUUGUCCACAGUGGAUGGAUACAACAGCAACUGAUUUUGGAACACCCAUCAGUGGGUUGCUUCAUAACACAUUGUGGUGCUGGUUCAUUGACAGAGGCACUAGUGAAUAAGUGUCAGAUAGUGUUGCUGCCACAGCUGGGUGGUGAUCACAUAGUUAAUGCAAGGAUGAUGGGUGGCGUCUUAAAGGUUGGGGUUGAAGUGGAGAAGGGUGAAGAAGAUGGGUUUUUCACAAAGGAUAGUGUGUGCAAAGGUGUGAGAGUUGUGAUGGAUGAGGAGAAUGAGGUUGGCAGAGAAGUUAGGGAAAAUCAUGCCAAACUGAGGAACUUCUUGGUAAGCCCCAAUUUGGAGUCUGCAUGUGUUGAUAGCUUUUGUCAGAAGCUUCGAGAUUUGCUCAGGUGAUUAAUUUCCAAGUUUUCAGAAACUGUGGAGAAUGCUUGACGGUGCGAAAUUUAUAAGCAUGACACGUAUAUGAAUUCAGAUUGCAUUUUAUAUUAUUGCUUCUUCUAGUGCAUGGUUCUCGUAUAUAUUCUCUUUCUUCAAUUUGUUUUUGCUUUAUUUCGGUUAUAUUUUGCUGGGUUUUAAUUUGUUUGUUCAGUUUGGCUGUAAGCUAUAAGCAUUGAUGAAUGAAUAUGGGUCUUGCUUAUAUGAUUGA